CAAAAUUUUAGAAAGAAAGAGAAUUGAAUAUUAUAAAUUGGGAUGGGUGAAAACAAAAAAUGAUGAGUCCUCAAGAAAAAGGCUACCCCACCCCCCAUGAACACAACAAACAAACUACUCAAAUUCAUAAGAGAUUUAAAGUUAAAGUAAUUUCUUUCCAUUUUUAUAUAUAUUUUUUCUAUGAACAAAAAGAAAAAAAAAAAAGUCAUUGAUGAGAGAGAAGGAGAAAUGAGAAUUUAAGGAAUUCUCUCUCUCCACACCCAUAUAAAAUGAUUCUCACUCAUAAAUUUUCUCUCUUUACUUUCAUUCUCUAUAACUCCUCUCUCAACCGUGGCUCAGCCGCCGGUAAACACCACUCACGGUGGCGUUAUAAAUACUAGUAUAUAUCUUUGUCUCUAUUCUCCUUUUCUUUUCUUUUUUUCUUUUUAAAUUUCUCUUCUUUUUUUCUUUAACUCUCAUUGAAGAGUCCGCCUUGUGUCCUUCAUGCUUCUUCUGUGGUAGCUUUUAUUGUUCUUGCCUCCCUCUCUCUCUCUCUCUCUCUCCCCUCCCAUUCCUCUCUCUAAAAAUCCUCACUCUUUAUAUAUAUAUAUAUAUAUAUAUAUAUAUAUACACAUAUUCUUUUUCAUUUUGGUUCCAAUAAAAUCAAUCACAAACUCCAUUUCCUCUCAUUGAUUUAAUUCGUUUCAAUGGCUGUUCAAGCUCAAUACCCUUCCAAUGUCCUCCUUCUUAACAGAAAUAUUCAAGAUGCUGAGCAUGAUUAUUCAUUACAACCUCAACCUGGUGGAGGAGGAGGAGGAAUUCUUCAACAGUCUCAUGCUCUGUUCAACAAUGGAGGUGGGAAUCAUUUGAGUAGUAAUUUAAGGAAAAGAGGAAGAGAUAACUCUGUUUCAGUUUCACCUCCCACAAUCAAUCCUCUCUGUUUUCAACCUCAGAUUAUUGAUCUUUCUCAGCUUCAUAACCAUCACCAUCCUUCCAAUGUCGUUUCUACCGGACUCAGGUUGUUCUCCGGUGACCAACCGCUCAACCUUUACCAUCAUCCACCGCCGCCUCCGUCGUCGCAGAAUGAUGCUAGUCUUGUUUCUCUCUCUUCCUCUGUUUUUGUCUCCGAUGAUUUUUCCUCUCAAAUCAAACAACACCGUGAAGAAAUUGACCAAUUCCUUCAAACCCAGGAGGAAGAGCUGCGGCGGGCGUUGGCGGAGAAACGGCAGAGGCAUUACCGGGAAAUACUGGCGGCAGCGGAGGAGAGGGCGGCGAGGAGGUUGAGAGAGAAGGAAGUGGAAGUGGAGAAGGCUACACGUCGACACGCGGAGUUGGAAGCACGCGCCGCCAGGUUGAGCAUGGAGGCGGCGGCGUGGCAAGAGAAGGCUAGGGCGGAGGAAGCGGCGGCUGCGGCGCUGCAGGCUCAACUGCAGCAAGCGAUAAUGAGGGGCACCGGAAUUGGUGGCAGCGGAGACGGUGGUGUAGUAGGAGACUGCACGGCGGAAGAUGCUGAGUCUGGUUACAUUGACCCAGACCGAGUAAUAGCCGAGUCGGGACCGAGUUGCAAAUCGUGUCGGAAGCGAGUCGCGUCGGUGGUUUUGUUGCCGUGUCGGCAUUUCUGCCUUUGUUCAGUUUGUGAUCACGUGGUUCGCACGUGCCCCCUUUGUCGGGCCUCGAGAAAUUCAAGUGUUGAAGUUUAUCUCUCGUGAAGCCCAUUGGGCUCAUGGCCCAUUUCUGACUCCCCCAGGCCCAAUGGUAAAACCCCCCAAAAAAUAAAACUAAAAUACCCAAAAAAAAAAAAAAAUCAAUAACUUUUUAUUUAAAAAAAAAAUACACAAAACCACAUUUUGUUUUUCUCUUAAUAUUUUCUUCUCUUUUUUUUUCUUUUUCUGGAAAUAUAUUUUGAUACCUGGAGGUGUAAAUGGUCAUACUGAUGUUGGCAUUGUUUUUCCUUUUUUUUUUUUUUUUCUCUCUUUUGUUGUUGAAAUUUAAUUGAAAUAUAAAUUCUUUUAUUUUAUAAAUAAUUUUCUGUCUCA